UAUUGUUACAGCAGGGGUAUGGGUGCGGGUGGCAGCACUGUGGAGUUGGCAGCACUGGGAGAAGCGGGAACAGGCAGAGAGGGGAGACGCGUGGCCAGAGAGGAGGCUUGAGGCCAGCGUGUGCCUGCCUGCUUUGCCACAGUCUGCUGAAGCUGCGCAAGGCUCGGCCAGACCAGCGGUGGGUUGGGGCAGCUGGCAUGGACAGUCGCAAGUAUCACAUCUGUGGGGAGGCUGGUGCUGAGCUGACCAUUCCUGUCCCUACAGGCACCACCGUCUGGCUCGAGCAGCACCAGAAAUUGCUGGUGAGAUAAACUGUGCAGGAGACAGGGUGUUGGUGGCUUGAGGUGGGCAGGGCAGCAACCCCAGCAACCAGUACAAUGGGCAGAAGGGACAGGGACACAUUGUGAAGCUGGAACUGAAGCUGUUGGCCGAUGUGGGUCUGGUGGGCUUCCCUAAUGCUGGCAAGUCCACACUGCUGUGGGCCAUCUCCAGGGCCAGACCCAAGGUGGCCAGCUACCCCUUCACGACGCUGCAGCCGACCCUGGGUGUGGUGGAGUACAGUGACAUGCGGCGGCCUGACCAUCGCUGACCUGCCAGGACUCAUUGAGGGUGCCUGGGCCAACGUGGGGAUGGGGGCACCGCUUCCUGCGCCACAUGGAGCGGACACACUUCCUCCUCUUUGUGGUGGACAUCAACAGCUUCCGGCUGUCACCCAAACAGCCAUACCGCUCACCCACCGAGAAUGUCAUGCUGGUCAACAGGGAGUUGGAGCUGUAUUCACCUGACCUGCUGAGUAAGCCAGCACUCCUUAUGGUGAAUAAGAUGGACUCUCCCAAUGCUGAGUCUCGCCUGCAGGAACUCCUUCACAACAUUAAGAGGAUGGAGGACUAUGUGUUGUGUUGCUCCUGUGGUGCCAAACUCACAGAGAACUCAUGGGAUAACUUUGUAAACAUCUCCAUUCCACUGUCUGAGGCAUCUCAGCAGGUGACCAUCCUGGGACACCCCCACCUCAUGGUCCAGACCCACAGGAACCCUGCUGACCUUGCUUUUGACUUGGUGACUGUCAGGAGGUCAGGCUGCUCAGGAGUGGGAGAGGAUAUUUGAACCAGAAAGCAAAGCCAGCACAACCCACUUCAAAGCUUCCUUGGAGGGUUUCUAUGGACUCAUUCUAGAGAAACUGGUCACUGAGAAAUUCUCCUAAACACAGAGGCAGGCAGUCUCCCUAUUGAAGCAGGCUGAAGCUAAACACUUGAGGCAACAAGAUUCAAUCUACUUUUACAUUUCAGACUCUCUCCUCAUUGGCCUUCCCAAGCACCAGCAGUAUUAACACAAUGGCACAAGACAGGGAGGACAUGGUGCCUCUCGAUCCCGAGCUUCUGGCUGAGCUGGAGGAGGAAGCAGCCUCUCGCUAUACUGAGGAGGAUAACCAGUUUACAGAGGCAGAGAAAAUUUGCACAGUUCACAGGCAGUCUCAACAAAGAAAAAUAGCCAAGAUAAAGCAUGUGUAUACACACACACACACACACACACACACACACACACACACACACACACACACACACACACACACACACACACACACACACACACACACACACACACACACACACACACACACACACACUUUGUUGAUUCAUUCCAUCUGUAAGCACCCCCACUCUCCCAUAGAUCACAUUAGAACAGAAGUUUGAGGGUUGUGGAGUGUGAUAUUUCCUGCCACAAACACUGUGUGGAGUAUGUCGUCCUAAGGUUAAGUGGUGGGACUUUGGCUGACACAUGGUAGCAGUUAGAGGAAAAUGCCAUCAUUAUUGGAGCAAGACAGCUGAAGGAACAGAACCCCAUGAUUCUUCUGGAUGUCAGUGUGAGUGGCGGAGCAUAUCAUGCUCUCCAGAAGCCUCAAACCUAGAAGCCAGGUGAUGUACUGUAACUCAGUUUACUCCAGUUUGGUGGCACAUUUUCUUGUAUGCAGUCCUGAUUUGUACCAUACAGUCACUCACUGUGUAAGUCUUUGACAUCACGAGAAAUUUGUGCACUUGUAUAUGCAUGCAUCACAAAAUGCUGCAGAUGGGAUGAGGUAAGUGAUACUUCAUAAAAAGGCACAUAUUUCUCAAGAAAAGUAAUUAAAACUGACCCAUAUUGUCAAUCAAAGCAAGUGGGAAGAACUUGAGUAUUGCCAUUUAGUAGGUAUUUUUGGCAUGCAGCUUCUCUGUGGUGAAUACAGUGGUAAAAAUAACUAACAUGCUAGUUGGCCACAUGCAACUCACCAAUCAUGUCAAGAUGUGCUGGCUGGACUUAUUUUACUCUAUCCUUCCACCUUCCUGUGAUUCUCUUCUCCUAUUACUCUCUCACCUUUCACCUUACUUGUUCAGCACUUCUGUCAGCUUUCCUGCUCUCAUUCACCUUAAAUCUACUUGCAAAAAGUCCCUCCCUCCGUUAGGUGUUGGUCAGACAUCACUCUACCUUUUCCUCUCAUCAUUCACAGGCAAUAUUUUUACUGCUUCCCUGACACUGGUGGUGACAAUUCUUCAUCUGCUUGCAUCACUCAAGUAUGCUCAUCAUUAUCCUUCUUAAAUAUAAAUAUUUCCAGUCACUAACUGUCACUGAAAGCAUAGCCCUAACAUUCUUCCUCCAAUUUAAUUUCUUUGAAGUGCACCACACAACUACACCUUAAACUACACACAGUGGAACCUCGGUUCGUGAACAUUCCUAUUUAUGAACAAAUCACUUCAUGAAUAUUUUUUUAGAAUUUUUGCCAUGGUUCUUGAACAGUGUUUCUGUGUGUGAAUGCACAAACACCCUGCAGACCCCCUCAGCUGGCAAGCACACACACACUUGUGUUUUGGCAUGCCUGCCGUGAACAUUGUGACUAUCACACACUGGCAAGUCACCCAAGUCAGGUGCCUUCCCAGCUGUUGGAGAGGAGCUAGACCUGGAUCUCCUUUACCCCAUUCCACCUCUAGUAAAUUGCAUGCCUUCUUAUUUAGCUGGCCUCUUUUUACUUUACUUUCAGGAUGGUUAUAAAGAUGAUAAUGAUUGGAGAGAAAAGACACCAUCUCGCCUUGCACCAAACAUGCACUGGCUGGAAGGAAGUACUGGAGCAAGACUGUAAAGGAGGGAUUUUUCUGCAUAACAGUAUGUGCUCUAUUGUCCAAUUACAUUUCACCUCAUGUCCCAUUAUCUGGAUGCCCAAAGAAAGAGUGCAUCUGUUAGACAGGUUUAUAAGACGUGAGGUUGUCAAGAAUUCCUGGAUCACAGACACAAGGUGGAAUUUGGGAAGCAUGUGCUGUCAUGAGUAGUGCAACAAUCCCCAUUUUACAUAGACUUUUAUGCUCAAAUAUUUCCUUCCAGCCAACCCAUGCCUGGUGCAAGGCAAGAUUUUGUCUUUUCCUCUCAAAUAACUCUUUCCAACCAUUCUGAAAGUUGAAAUAGGAAGUGGCAGACUUAAUUAAUUUAUGAAGGCAUGUGAUUUAGAGAUGGAGUAAGGUAAGGGCUCCCAGGUCAAACAGCUGGGAAGGCACCUGACCUUCAUAUCAGUGACAUGAUAUAGCCUGAUGUCCAAGAAACUUACACCUUUCUGUGGUUACUGUAACUUCAUUCUUGUCAAAGAAAAAAAAAAAAAAAAAAAAAAUAAUAAUAAUAAUGCAGUUUCUGAGAUUGGAAUAGAUGAAUUGUAUUUUAAUUAAUUUAAAUGGGAAAACUUGUUUUGGUUUGUGAACUGAGGUUUCUACUGUACAUAGAUCCCAACAAAGUUCAGAAUCCCCUGAAUCCCUCCUCUCUACUCUAUAGCAGCUCCUUGUCUCCUUGUCUAUGAAAUGACCAGUAUUUGAUAUGUUCCAGCACUGCAAGAAGAGCCUGCCUAAGCUGCCAAUACUCCCUGCUGACAGAUUUGACCUCAACAGACAGUGCAGAGGCAACUUUAGGCAUCAAGACUACAGGAAGGAGGCUGCACGGAUCAAGGGGAGUACAGAGGUCAUGGGAAUUAUAGGGAUCGUGGGAAUUACAGGGAUCACAGGAGGGAAUAUUCUGACCACAGGCAAGGGAGGUUUGUCAGUGACCACAGAGAUCAUGAUGACAGCAGAAGGGAUAGCGAGAAGAGGAAGUACAGGUCUGAGAAGGAGAGUGAUGAGUAUGGAAGAAGGAAUUACCAGUCCAGCAAAUACUACAAUGGGUGGGGGGGGGUGUCAUCCUGUUGAGUUUUGUGAAUCCAGUGGCUGGUAUAUUUAUCUUUCAUCAGGGACUUCACACAAGCUUCCACGCCAUUAAUUCUUUGACCAUUACCAAAGGUUACUGACAUUUAAUUUACAUUUAAAUGCCUGCCUGCCUGUCUGUUCAUAUCUUUCUCUCACAAUGUACUCACCAUUCACUUGUGAACAUUUAGAUUUUUAGGAAAUAUUUUUGAGCAAGUUCCUUCAUCACAAGGCAACCAUCUACUAAAAAGAAAAAAAAAUGGAAUAUAUGUUGGCAUUUCCUUGAUUGCUUUUGGUGUUAGUGUGUGACUUUCCAGAGUGACAAUACAAGUGUUAUCCCCACUACAAGUCAUGCACUAUAUAUAACAUCACUGAGUAUCUUUUCUCUCAUUUUCAUAUAAAUGUUUGUAACAUUUUCAUAUAAAUGUAUGCUAACUUUUAUGUGGACUUACUGUAAGAUUUUUUAAAAGUAAAGUAUUUUUCCAA